AUGACGGAGAACAAAAAAAUUGCCAUCGUGGGAAGGUGAGAGAGAACUCGUUGACGCCGUCCAACAAGGAUUUAUAGCGGCCUAAUCGGCUCGAGCUGGGCGUCGUUGUUUCUCAGCGGGGGCUACAAGGUCGUGCUCUACGACGUCGGCGAGGCGCAGCUUCAGACCUCAUUGAAGCAUGUCCACGACAACCUCGUCAAGCUCGACGUGUGUCAUCAGGCGCUUGAGCGGUUGUCAGAAGCUCUUUCCAGGAGAAGGGCCUUCAACGUGGAGUUUUAACCGCCGAAGAGGCGUUCCGCAACGUUUCCACGACGACAGACUUGGCCGAAGCUUUGCGCGAUGCUUUCUAUGUACAGGUAAUAGCUCCCGGGGUAUAUGAAAUGAAAAAGAGGGUUCCUCUCUAGGUUUUUAGGGUCGCCUUAUUCUGGUAAAACUUGGGUUGAAAUAACUUACUUGAGCAAGUCGAGCCUCAGUUCGGAAAGGCGUUUUUCAGAGAUGAUUUUUCGUAGAAGUUUGAAAUGAAUCUAUUAUAAUGCUCAUAUAGGAGUCGACGAUAGAAACGGUCGAGUUCCACGUGAAGAUUUUCGCCGAAAUGGACGCUCUGGCAGCGCCCGAAACUAUUUUGGCAAGUAGCACCUCCACCAUUCCAGCGUCACAGUUCACCGAACAUUUGAAGAAUAGGUCAGCUUUUCAAAAUGGAACUGUCAGAUAUAGUCGAUUCAACCCGACUUGAAAGGCGAGGGAGGCAGAGAAAAGGGCGGGACGCGUAAGCGGUUCUUGGCACGAGUUCAAUUCAACCUCCAGCGACUUUUUAGAGCUUAUUUAUGGCUCUUUUCAUUUCUUUUUCAAUUCGUUAUUGACUUUUUGCAUUUUUGCAUUGAAAAUAGUAGAAUAGAUACAAAAAGAGCGAUGAUACAGCUUUUUAAAUAGUCGGUCACGGCGUUUUUUUUUUUGACGACUCAGGCACUGGUGCGCGCACGCGCGGGGGUACUGAUUCUUUUUUUCCCUUUUCCACUGAAAUACGGUUUUGAAAAAAAUAUUUUUUUAUAUUUUUGUGAAACUACCCAGUGCCCCUGCUCACUUUUUAAAAAAAGUUGUUCCGAGCAUUCUCAAACAAAUUUAUGAAAAAUUGCCAAGUGAAACUUUGAUAUUUCAUAUUUUUUUGUGCAAUCUAAUUGUUAUAAACUGGUGCAGAGCAAUGAUAAGAGAUGAAUAGACAUGAAAAAUAUUAAAAUUAUAACUUUUCAAUUAGUUAAAAAGCUAAAAAACAAGAAAGACACCCCGCGCGUGCGCGCAGCAGGCGGCGCGCAUGCGCACUUUUGGCAACAAACACGCGCCGUCAGUGCCUGAGGACGCUGCCCUAUAUUUUUUCCGUGAAGUUUAGUGUGUCGUGUGCAUACACUGCGGCGCUCUCGCACAUGCCGUGUUCAAAGUAAUUUAUGCAAAAUUCAAGAUUAUCUCCGAAUUUCCGACAAUCAGUUAUAUUUUUCACUCUCUGGUGGCUAUUUGGAGUUUCGCGGAAUCAAUUUGAACACGGCAUGUGCUUAGAAAAAAUCCGUUUUUUUUAAAUGAGAGUCGAUUCGUCUCAUGACCAAUUUAACUUGCGUCUUUAAUUUUCCCUAUUGUUGACGCUUGUUCCCCAUGACGUCACAUGGGAACGGCGGAGGUUUUGACUCCGCCGCUUUCAUUUUUGGUUUUGCAUUUUCGCUAGAAUUGUACUCUUGCCAAGAACCGCGUACGCACACGCUACGCGUCCCGCCCUUUUCUCUGCCUCCCUCGCCUUUCAAGUCCAGAUGGAUUGACUAUAACAAAGAACUUCCGAAAUACAGAGAGAGAUGUUUGGUAGUGCACCCCGUGAAUCCGCCGCUAUUUUUGCCGCUCACCGAACUUGUCCCUGCGCCGUGGACUUCUGAGUCGACGCUCCACACGGCGACCACCUUGAUGACGAGCAUUGGCCAGGCACAUACUAUCAAAAACGUCAAGAAGACUUCGUCAUUCCUUUUAGGAGCCGAUCCGUCUCAACCGGGAAGUGUUGGGUUUCGGCGUGAACCGGCUGCAGUUCGCGAUCAUGGCCGAAGCGUGGCGCCUGGUCGCCGACGACGUUCUUUCUCCAGAAGACGUCGACAAGGUUGUAGAAGACAUUCAGUUGUCACGCACUUCUUCAGAUCAUGAGCGCAGGCCUCGGUCCAAGGUACGCCUUCAAUGGUCCCUGGGCGACGACGCAUCUCAACGCGUUCGGAAUCCGCGACUACUGGAAGCGCUAUGGUCCUGGAGCGCGACGAGUUCUUGCCGACUUUGGUCCGACGCCUUCUUUCGAAGAAGAGCACGUCAUCGAAAAACUCGAGCGUUCUUUGAACGCCUCGAUGCCGCUCGACAGUCUGAAGACGUUCAUGGCGAAUCGAGAAGAGUCUUUAGCCAAGAUCGCCAAGCUCAAGAAAGAGUAA